GUCAACACGGACACAUAUCCACGUCGGAGAGGCAGGUUCCCCCCGCCCCCCCCCCCUACUUUAAACACUUUAAACACUGUUAAAUAUCUCCGUGCGUCGUGAGAGCCGCUGCGUUGUUUUGCUGAGGAAAGAGGAAACUUGGCGUCGAGAGGUUUUGGUCUUUCUCCAAACCUGGAUAUUGUGAAGAUACCGCACGGAAAUAACCAGCGCGUGAAACUGUGACCUGUGCCUUGUUGUCUUGGAAGAGAUGCACUUUUCUCAGGACGCCUGCAAUCGGAUGGAUUAAAAGGUGCUUGAGUGUGAGUCAGAGGCAGAACACAGGGACAGUGGAGAGAGGUCCAUUGCUGAGGAGUGUGGUUCCCCCUCGCUAAAGACAGCGUGUUUUCCUAAAGCACCUUUCCACCCCGGACCCUCUGUGUUGCCACUGCACCUAUGAGGUAACGUCAGGAACCAAAACCCCCUCCCCAUUACCACCCUCAAUCCACCCCCCGUCCCCCUCUCCCCCGUCCCUCAAACCCCCUCCUCCCAGCCAUGGGACAGAAGAUCUCUGGCAGUAUAAAGUCAGUGGAUGUUCGCGGGGAGCCCUCAUAUCGCCCGGUACGUCGAGAACUUCGGGGUCCGGACUUCUGUCGGCCCCCGCGACUCGACUUACUUCUCGACAUGCCGUCGGCCAGCCUGGAAACGCAACUCCAUCACUCCUGGAAUCCGGACGACCGGUCGCUCAACGUCUUCGUGAAGGAGGACGACAAGCUGACGUUUCACCGGCACCCCGUGGCUCAGAGCACAGACUGUAUCCGGGGGAAAGUGGGUUACACUCGGGGGCUUCACGUUUGGAGGAUCCACUGGCCGUGCAGACAGAGAGGGACGCACGCGGUUGUGGGCGUGGCCUCCGCUGAAGCGUCGUUACACUCGGUGGGCUACACGGCGCUGGUGGGAGCGGACUCUGAGUCCUGGGGCUGGGACCUGGGCAGAAACAGACUCUACCACGACGGGAAGAACCGCCCCGCUUCCACGCCAGUGCCGACGUACCCGUGCUUCCUGGAGCCCGACGAGUCCUUCGUGCUUCCCGACUCGCUCAUGGUGAUACUGGAUAUGGACGAGGGAACGCUGAGCUUCAUGGUGGACGGACAAUAUCUGGGAGUAGCGUUCAGAGGACUUAAAGGAAAGAGACUGUAUCCCAUCGUCAGCGCGGUGUGGGGGCACUGUGAAGUUACGACUCGCUAUGUCAACGGACUAGAUCCGGAGCCCCUCCCCCUCAUGGACCUGUGCAGACGAGUAGCUCGAGUGGCUCUGGGCAGAGAGCGCAUCCAUCACAUCGACACCCUCCCUCUGCCGCAGACGCUCAAGAACUACCUCCAGUACCAGUGACACACACACAUACACACACACACACACACACACACACACACACAAGGAGACUGAGGCCCAUUUGUUCUGAUGGUAACAGCCUCCAGACUGAACUUAAUCACAACCAUCAGACAUCUGCUGAGGAUGAGGACGAAGACUACGAGCAGGAAGUGAAAGGCGGCGCUGAACGGGGAUUUGUUUACAACAGUUGGGUUUCCUUUUUUUUCUUCCAGUUUUGAAUGUUUUUAGGUUUUUUUUUCACCUCCUGGACAUAUGACUGGAGCAGCUGGUGAAUGAAAUGAUGGAGAGUGAGCAAUGAAAAGAAGAUCCAGUCUCCGGAUGGCCUUACGUGCCGUGGUGGUGGGUGACAGUUCCCCCCCCCCGACAUCUGUCCCGCACAGACUCUGUUGAAGCCUUCUCGUAAACAUGUUGGUAUUUAUAUUUAUGUUCCCAACAACACAGCAGGCUCUGUGGAGAUGCAACAAUCCCUCCAAGCCAAGGGGGAGGGAGGGAGGGAGAGAGGGAACAUCCACACACACACACACACACACACACACACACACACACACACACACACACACACACACACACACACACACACACACACACACACACACACACACACACACACACACACACACACACACACACACACACACGUACACACACACACACGAAGUAAUGAGAUUUUUAAAAAUGUUUUCUUCUUCUCCCAUUCCAUGGAUGAUGAGAUGUGUCUGCGGGACACUCGCAGGUAUAUGUCGAAAAAUGUGCCGCCAUUGGAAUCUUUUAAAUGUGAAUAAGAAUAAACUCUGCUAAACUCACA